GGCCCGCCUUGGUCGCUCCCCUGCUAGCGCGUAUAUAAGAGACCCCACUUAGUCGCCCCAGUCUUGCAGUCUUCCCUCCUUCCACGCCCCAUAGCAAACUUCAUAGCACGCAUCCAUCCAUCUACUAUCUACUAGUAGCAACUUACUACUACCACCCUUACCCGUACCUUACUACCAACUACCUAUCCCAACUAUGCCCAAGGCAAAGACUGACAAGACCGCGACUCCCAAGAAGCCCGGUAAGUACCAGAGCUUCCGCAAGAUGCUCGCCAUCGUGCACAUUCCCGCACAGCAAUCCCCUAUCUCAGUUCACUGGUCACCACUUGCUCAUCGUCUCCUCCUUACCUAUGCAGCUGGCAAGCGCGGUGCCUCGCCUUACAACUUGUUCAUGAAGACUGAGCUCGCCAAGGUGAAGCAAGAGAACCCCAACAUCGCCCACAAGGAAGCCUUCAAGCUCGCGGCAUCCAACUGGAAGAACUCGCCCGCAAACCCCAACCGCGUCAAGUAAACUCACCCUACACCAAUCCUUCACCGUCCGGCGCUACUCAAUCAUACCUUCACCCUCGCAAUCAUCACCGCCUUUUCGUAGCGUCCCGUCGUUCUCUUUCCGUUUUUGAUCCCGUCGAUAGCUGCAGGGGGCUGGUUUUUUUCUCUCUCGUUCUCGCUCUCUCACCUCCCCCCUGCUUUGGCGCGUGGCUUUCGCCGCGAAUGAAAAGAUCAAUGGCUCUGUACAUACAUGUCUUCUGCGCGGAAUACAUCAUUUUCAGAAAAAUCA